AUGAACGGAGAGUCGAAGGAGCGCCGCAACCAGCGGAUUGAAGAGUUAUGGCGCAAACUUGACACCCGCAACCAAGGCGAACUGGAUCUGCCCGCCCUGCAGAAAGGCCUUCGCACCAUUGAUCAUCCACUCAAGAAUGCCGAUUCCCUCCUCACCGAUGUCCUCAAGGCCGUCGAUACAUCCGGUGACGGACGGAUACAGUUCAACGAGUUCCUGGUGUUUGUGGAACACGCCGAAAAGGAAUUAUGGCAGCUCUUCGAGAGUAUUGAUCGCGAUCACAGUGGAGCCCUCGAUAAGGACGAGCUCCGUGCUGCGUUUAGUCGGUCGGGUCUGACUAUCAGCAAUGCCAAACUCGAUCAGUUCUUUGAUGAGGUGGACACGAAUCAUGAUGGAGAAAUUAGUUUUGAGGAAUGGAGGAAUUUCCUCAUGUUCCUUCCUUCCAACCAACCUAGCCUUCGGGCGGUCAUCACAUACUAUUCGGCAACGGCAAAUGUGAACCAAGAAGGAGAUGUCCAUAUCAAUGAUACCCUUCAAGGCUUCGAAAUGCUGACAGACCUUUUCCCUCCGUUAGGCUACUUCGUAGCAGGCGGCUUAGCAGGCAUGAUCUCCAGAACGGCCACCGCGCCACUUGAUCGGUUGAAAGUCUACCUGAUCGCCCAGACCAGUCCUAAGAAAGCGGUGGUCGAUGCCGCCAAGGAAGCUGCUCCGCUGCAGGUCAUCAAACAUUUCGGACGUCCUUUGGUGGACGCCUGUAAAGAUCUCUGGGCGGCAGGUGGUCUACGCAGUUUGUUCGCUGGUAAUGGUUUGAACGUGGUCAAGGUCAUGCCUGAAUCGGCCAUCAAAUUUGGAGCGUAUGAAGCGGCGAAAAAGGCACUCGCUGAGUUUGAGGGCUCCGAUCCUAAACAUUUACAUCCGACGUCACAAUUUCUUGCCGGUGGAUUUGGAGGCGUGAUAUCCCAGUGUGUGGUCUAUCCUUUGGAUACGCUAAAAUUUCGAAUGCAAUGCGAGACAGUUCAAGGCGGUCUCCAUGGAAACGCGUUAAUAGCACAAACGGCACAAAAGAUGUGGAGGCAAGGUCGACUCCUUCCUUACUAUCGAGGACUCGGCAUGGGCCUUGCGGGUAUGUUCCCGUAUAGCGCGAUUGAUUUAUUCAUAUUCGAAAACUGCAAACACUUUGUGCUGGCACGGAAGGCCAAAGCGAACCGAUGCCACGAAGAAGACGUGGAGAUGAGCAAUCUGAUCACUGGUUUCAUCGGUGCGACUUCAGGCGCCAUCAGCGCGACGGUCGUAUAUCCGAUUAAUCUACUACGGACGCGACUCCAGGCUCAGGGGACGGUACUGCAUCCACCUACAUAUACAGGGAUUGCAGAUGUGACGAUCAAAACCAUACAGGGUGAAGGUUUCAAAGGACUGUUUAAAGGGGUGACGCCGAAUCUGCUGAAGGUGGCCCCUGCUGUCAGUAUCAGUUAUAUCGUGUAUGAGAACAGCAAGGCGUUACUCGGGCUACGGUGA